GGUCAUUUUCUCUUUCCGUUGUGUGUUGUGUGUGUGCCUGCCUUAAAAAGUUAUGUUGAGGGGUGCUGUUUUCUCCAAAAUCUUUCUCCUCUGCUCUUGCCUAUGGCUAUCCCUUGUUUCUUCUUCUUCAGCAGAGCUCCAACGUUUCCAACAUCCGGUGAAGGCUGACGGAUCUCUCAGCUUCUUGGUCGUCGGAGACUGGGGAAGAAAAGGGCUUUACAAUCAAUCUGAAGUUGCGUUUCAGGGUAUAAUUCUUUGCAUAUUCUGAGGGAUUGAUUAUUCGAAGCUGUAUGGGCCAUAUAUCUCAUCAUGUUGCCUGUCAGAGAUUGCUUGUAAGGGGAUGCCUAUUAAAUUAGAAGGAAUAAUUCUUUGCAUAUUCUUUGUGAAGGUGUGAUUUUUUUAAUUUUAUAAAUUUUACUCUUUAAA